ACGGAUUAUUAUUUUUGUAAAUUUUUUUUUUAUAAGAAAAAUAAUAUAUUGAUUUAAAGAAUUUUAUUUUAUCAUUAGUAAAAAUAUUUUUUUUUAAAAAAAAAGAAGAGAAGAAGAAGAAAUAAUUAUAUUCCCCCCCCCCCGAUCAAAUGAUGAGCAUUCAUAAAUUAAUCGGGUCCGAAAUACUUAUUUAUCAAGCCAACAAUGCCACUCACCGAUUCACAAAUUUCGCAUACACUGAAACUAGUUUUCUCUAUCGGCAAGAAUAAUUUUUUAAAAAAAAAUCAAAAUAAAUAAUACCGUCAAAUUUUUAAGAUGGAAAAUGUAACCUAUAUUUUAAACGUCUUUGAUAGAUCCCAUAUAAUAUCCCCGAAUAUAACGUCAAAAAAUGCUAGACAGGGGGUCUUGCUCUUCAAGAAUAUAUACGCUCAACCUUGGUACAUUCAGUUAGUCUAUAGUCUAAUAUUUGGCGCCCUUAUACUUGUAUCGACUACAGGGAACAUCGUGGUCAUAUGGAUCAUAAUUCGUAACAAGAAAAUGAGAACGGCUACCAAUUACUUCAUAGUGAACAUGAGUGUAUCAGAUUCUUUGUUAGCGACCCUCAACAUAUUCUUCAAUUUCAUAUACAUGAUCAAUAGCCAUUGGCCGUUUGGCAACGAAUAUUGCGUGGUCAACAAUUUUGUGUCAAACUUUACCCUGGCUUCCAGUGUAUUUACUCUAGUCGCUAUAAGCAUAGAUAGAUAUUUUGCCCUAGUCCCCGUUUUACAUAAGAAAUUAAGCCUAAAAAGAUGUAUCAUUACCAUAAUUGUGAUAUGGAGCAUAGCCUUUACGAUAUCAUUCCCAACGUUAAUCUACUCGCACACAUUUACCUGGACCUAUCUGGAUAAAUCGGAAAGGACAGUAUGUUAUUUGGAAGUAACGGAGACCGUCUCAUUCGGAUACGAUCUUUUUAUGAUGAUUAUGACAUACUUUGUGCCCGUUAUGAUAUUGGCAUUUGUUUACAUCAAAAUUGGAAUGAAAUUAUGGUGGAGUGAAUUGAUAGGGGAAGACUAUGAGAAACAAUUACUCAAUAUUAAAUCUAAGAGAAAGGUGGUUAAAAUGAUGGUAAUGGUUACUUCCAUAUUCGCUAUAUGUUACCUUCCAUAUCAAACCUAUUUUUUAUUGCAAAAAUUACACGCAAAUAUAACGACGAAUGCCGCAACUCAGCAUAUUUUUUUGGUAUUGUAUUGGUUCGCCAUGAGUAAUUCUAUGUAUAAUCCUAUAGUGUAUUGCUGGCUAAACAACAAAUUUCGACAAGGUUUUAAACGAGCUUUUAGGUGGUGUCCAUUUAUAAACUACGACAGUGGGCACAAGGAUAGCUUUGUAUUUGUACGGUCGGAAUCGAGAAUGCACAACUCUAAAGAUCAUAGAUUUUCAGCGCAGAGUUCAUUAAUAUAUCGCAAUAAAUCCUCAACAAGCAAACCUGGAAAUAUCCCACGAAGUAAAACUACGACCCUCGAAACACUUCUUUAGACAUUAUUUUUUUCCUUCUCCCAUUCAUCUCAAAAUAUUUACAAAAAAUAAUUAUUGUGAUAUUUUUGUUUUUUUUAGAUACUUCAUGUAAUAUUAUAUAUAUUAUUCUAAGAAGGAAAUAUUUGUAUAACAUAUAGUAUACCAUAUUAUUAUAAAAUUUAAUA